AUGAGGGACCUGAUGAAGGGCGAGAUGGAGGAACUCCAGUCCCAUCUGUCAAAGUUUGAAAAGAUCGACUCCUGGCUUAAGGAUAAUCACAAUAACAUGACUGAAGAGAAAGUGAACGAAAUUCGCACAAAACUCGACGAAUCGAUGCAGGAGUCGAGACAACUGAAGAUGUCUUUAAUGGACACACAGACCAAUGUGGCGCUCAUGAGGACAGAGUUGGCACAACUGCGCAACCAAUACGACCAGAAGUGCCGGGAACUGAACCACGAGAUGGGACGGGUAGCCGAACAGCACUCAGAGCACCAGCACCUCACUCAACAACUAUCACUCUUGCAAGAGGCGAAUCAAAAACUUCACGACACCAACGAUACGUUGCGUACGGUUCUGGAGUUGACACCAAUGCAGUCGAGGAAUGCAUCCCCGGAACCAUUCCAUGAUAGCAGCGGUUCCGGUCCUAAACGGGGAUCACUUAUCGGUGAUUACAUUAGGACUGAUCCCUUUAAACAUAGGAAUCGUGACACCUGUAGCCGACUAUCGGAAACAGACUUCGAGUCCGUAUCAGUGUUUUGUGAGGACAGUGCCUAUCAAUCAAAUCGGCAAUCGUUUGCUUCGUGUCCACCGAUGAGUGCCAUUAAGACUAUAGUAAUGACAGACGAUAUGGACAGCGGGUUGUCCUCAAUGAAGACGCGGUCUCAUCAGUCGUCGCCUAUUUUGAUGUCAUAUUACAAGAGGGAUGAGUCGCCGAAAAGUGAAUGUAAUUCCAUAAUCACAACCACCCAUUCCAUAAGCAAUAUGAUAGGGGAUGCUACCGGUGCCCCCGAACGCACCUACAAAAUCAUAUUCAUUGGGGACGCCUCUGUGGGAAAGUCCACAUUCAUUCUCAGGCUAUCGAAAGGCUAUUUUGCAACUCAAUUGAGUACUACAUUAGGCGUCGAUUUUCAGAUGAGGACCUGUAGCUUUGAUGGCAUGAAUAUAUCGCUCCAGUUAUGGGACACCGCUGGGCAGGAGAGAUACAGAAGUAUUACGAAAAACUAUUUCCGAAAAGCGGACGGAAUUAUGCUUUUAUAUGAUGUGACGAGUGAACAGUCUUUCCUUAAUGUCAGGGAAUGGAUCUCAACCAUUGAAGAGGUGAAGGCAAAGGGCAUUCCGGUGAUGAUUGUGGGCAACAAAACUGAUUUACGGCCGACGCUUAUGGCACAGGAUCUGAAGUAUGUGAAGGCAGAGGACGGCUAUAAAAUAGCCCAACAGUACGGCCUUAUGUUUGUGGAGACCAGUUGUAAGGACGGCAAUAAUAUCAUGUCAUCCAUCGCU